UAUUUUAUUUCGGAGUUAAGCUUGCCUGUUAUUAUUAUUAUUAUUAUUAUUAUUUACGUCCAAUAUAAAAAUUCAUGUGACCUUUUUUUACGAAAUUUCUGUUGUAAAGGUUUAAAACGUCAAAUAUUUUCUUUUUCAUUUAUAUAAACUAAUUAUGAUUUUAUAUUUGUUGCUUUAAAAAUAGUGUUUUGUAUUUACUGUGAUGUCUGGCAACGAAAAGGAAAAAGCGGGAGGCGGUGAGUGCUCGCGCCCGGAGCAGAUACUCUUCCGGGAGCCGGAGGACACGCCAGCCGCGCGGGUGCCAGUGCCAGCUCGCCGGCCGGAGGAGAUGCCGUCCCCGUGCAGGACUGCGCCCUCGCCGGGCCAGCAGAGGGUGCUGACGUUCGCCGAGCUGGGGGGGCUGGCGGAGCGCUGCGGCGCGCGACACCAUCUCGACGACAUCGAGAGAAGCUUCUGGGACAAAGUGAACGAAGUCAACCGCCUGCAAAACACUAUCGUGAGCAACCAAUACGAAAUUGAGAGAUUUCAUGGAAUGGUUGAAACCUCGGCCUUGAACUUAAAAACGUUAGAGAAAGCUGUAGCCGAUCAGCAUUGCCAACUCCUGAACAUUGAACAUUUCAUCGACAAUUUGCCCGAACCCCUUCCUACAUUUCCUGGGCUCAACAAACUCUGUAUGGAUAACACGUAUACUAUGGCUGAGGAAGCAUUUUCGCAUGUGGUCCACAUGAGAGAUGGCAUCAGUGAGCUCGUACAGCUCAUGCGACCGACGCCAUCUAAUAAUUUUUCAUAUAACGACCCGGUGCGCCAAGUGGUCGCGAUACUUGAUAUAGGCAAUCAUAUCCUACAAAGCAUAGAGAAGAAGAUGUCUGAAGCCCAUUCCACCAUUGCGACAAUUAAGAAGCUUCACGAAAAUUUCAUGAAGAAAAAUACUCCUCAAGCUUAGAAAACACAGCUAAGGCGACCAGCAAAAGAACGAGCAAUAUGAUACAAAACAGACUGUGUCUGGCGAUAUUCGGCUUGUUUCACUAACACAGAAUCAGCAGUAGCAAAAAAAAUAUCGCUAUUCAGUAAUUUUCGAAAGCAUGCUUGAUUUUUUCAUACUUUUUUCCACUAGUUCCUUUGACUACACUUACAUCGAGCAUAUUUUGUAAAAGUGCAUUUACGUAAAUAUCCGAGAAAUGCAAACAUUUUCCUGUCACCGUGUCAUAGUACAUGUUGUUCUCGUGUAUGAUAUUAUUUUAUAUAGUACACCAUUUUAUUUCAGUAAAAUAAACAAUGCUGCUAUA